GGAUAUCGUGAAAUUAAUAAACCAUCUUUAAUAAAUGACUACAACAAAUACAUGGGUGGUGUCGAUCGACUAGAUCAAGUAAUGUCUAAAGAUUACCGCAUAGCUGUUAGUAAAAGUCUUCUUGCUGAGAAAAUUCAAUCGGUCAACUACAACAAACCCGAGGCACAUUUCCCAGCCUUUUAUGAAGAUAAAACCCAUAAGCCUGACUGUAUAGUUUGUUCGGACAGGAAAACUGGAAAUCGAAAACAAGUGAAAACUUACUGUAAACGUUGUAAUCAACCUAUGUGCAUUGAUAAAUGUUUUGAACGAUAUCACACAGUGCAGGACUAUAAAAUUCGUUAUUGA